AUGCCUCAGAGGUCGUUGCCUACACCAGUAUCAUCCACGGAUAUGAAAGCCCAGGAAUAUCCAUUCCUAGCCUCCCUUCAGAUGUCGUUCGAACUACCACCACCUGCCAUUAUACCAUCCAACAUUUCAUGCACACCUCCACAAACGCCAGAAAAAGGAUAUCCAAUGCAACCAAGCGAGACAGUCAAGUCACGAAGGCGUGCAGCAACCGUAGCAGGUUCAUCAAAGAGCGAUUUUGCUCUUCCUCCUCCUCCUACGAGGUCACGCAGAAUCAUCCAGAUGAAGCCUCGCGAAGUUGCUGCCGCCCAGCCACCUGCUCCAAAUUCAAAAGACUCGACCGUUAACAAACCGGGCUCAGAUACGGUGUCUGCCUCGACAAAUGCAGCGUCGGCCACGCCAACGGCGACAACAAGCGGCGCUAAGAAGAAGCAAAGUGCGGCAGGAAGAAAAGUUGCAAGGAAGACAGCACACAGCUUGAUUGAAAGAAGAAGGAGAUCCAAGAUGAACGAAGAGUUUGCUCUCCUCAAAAGCAUGAUACCGGCAUGUACCGGCGAGAUGCACAAGCUGGCUAUCCUCCAGGCCUCGAUAGAAUACAUCAAAUAUUUAGAAGAUUGUGUCGCUAGGCUCCAGGCCCGUCAUCAAUCGGUUCCAUCAGAGCCAGGAAAUGCGACGAAGAGUCUCCCAACGCCCUCCGUCCGUGAACCUUUCCAGUCGGAGUCUGCCUUUUCCUUUUCAGUGAGACCAGAAGUCCCUCCAGAUGAGGAUGUCGAGAUGUCGGACUCGUCAGGGGUUCCCUCACCAGCCUCCUCACCUGCCCUUGCCGCGACCACCUCUUCCCACCAGCCAUCCGCGUCUCCGGGAAUACCACCCCAGCAGCAGUUAAGAGAUCGACAUGAUUCCAUCUCAUUAGCUGUAGCAUCGGUAGAUCAUCAAAGACACUACAGCUUCAGUGGUUCAUCUGUCACUGCCUCGCCCGCUGGCUUUGGCGCUGGGGGGCAUUUGUACGGCGGCAAUGGCAACACGCACGAUACACGAACCGCCCCAGGUCCAGCUUUGACUAGCCCUUACCUGGUAUCACGAAACGACCUCGACCAUGAGGCGACGGCUGCUCUUCUCAUGUUGAACCAACACACCCAACAUGAUAGGCGGGCGUCGACGACGAACACCGAGGGCCCCGCUAGGGCCGCAGCCGCAGCGACCGGGACCGUGCGGACGGGCGGGGAAUGA